CUGCAACCGAACAGCAAGAGGCUCUUUCGCACCUACUCAAACAGUAUUUACGAGGAUGUUUUUAGUGACACCGCUGGUAAGCUAAUUGGUCCUCCUGCAUCCGUGCACCUGAAGCCCGGAACAGCCCCUGUGUUCGCCAAGGCGCGCAAUGUACCGAUGGCACUCAAGAGCCAGUACGCCAAAGAAAUCGAAAAGAAACUAGCGUCAGGUGCCUACGAAAAGGUCGACUAUUCGGAGUGGGCAUCCCCGACCCACAUCGUAGUCAAGAAGAAUGGAAGCUUACGCAUCACCGGAAACUACAAACCAACUGUAAAUCCCGGGAUGAUCAUCGACGAGCAUCCGAUCCCGAAGAUUGAUACGAUCUUCAACUGUAUGAAGGGAGCAAAUUUGUUCUGCCACUUGGACGUGACGGACGCAUACACCCACCUCCCAAUCGACGCAGAGUUUCAACACAUCCUGACAUUGAACACUCCAACCCACGGUCUGGUACGGCCGACAAGAGCAGUGUACGGUGCAGCAAAUAUUCCGGCAAUCUGGCAGCGCCGGAUGGAAGCUGUGUUCCAAGGUCUCGCAAACGUCAUCAACUUUUUCGAUGACAUCAUAGUCUUCGCCGACGGAUUCGAAAAUUUGCUCAUCUCCCUCGCAGCAGUUUUCGACAGAAUCAAGCAACAUGGUUUACGCCUGAAUCGUGCCAAAUGUGUUUUCGCCGCCCCGGUCUUGGAGUGCCUGGGCCACAAAAUCGACGCCGAUGGACUUCACAAGUCAGACAAACACAUUGUGGCAAUCCGAGAUGCCCCUCGUCCCACCACCCCAGACGAGCUUCAGCUAUUUUUGGGAAAAGCGACAUAUUACAAUUCCUUUAUUCCUAAUUUCUCAACUCGGUCCCGUCCUCUAAGGGACAUGAUGCAGAAAGGUGAUUUGAAGUGGACGCCAGAAAAAUGUGCAGCCUACGAGGACAUCAAAUCAGCUCUGGUGUCACCGCAGGUGCUGAUGCCAUACGAUCCAGCUCUUCCUUUGAUCCUGGCCACUGAUGCAAGCAAGUAUGGCCUGGGAGCCGUUUUGUCGCACCGCCUGGAGAAUGGACUCGAGCGACCAAUAGCAUAUGCAAGCUGUGCCAUGUCUCCCACCGAGCAGCGCUACCCACAGAUAGACAAAGAAGCUCUUGCAAUCGUGUGGGCCGUCAAGAAGUUUUUCCAUUAUCUGUACGCCCGUCGAUUCACACUGGUUACAGACCACAAGCCGCUCACCCAAAUCUUGCACCCAAGCAAAUCACUACCAACGUUGUGCAUCAGCAGAAUGGCCAAUUAUGCAGACUACAUGGCGCAUUUCAACUACGAGGUUGUUUACAAAUCAACGAAGGAGAACGUCAAUGCCGAUUAUUGUUCUCGCUUCAUCCCGAAUCGAUCAGCUGAUUGUGUAAACAAGGUGAGUGCCCCAGCCGCCCUUUGUGAGGGAAGAGAUAGUAGUGAAGACGACUUCGAUGCAUUCGUUUUGCACCAAAUUGCACAACUACCAGUACGUGCCGACCACAUAGCUCGAGAAACACGAAAGGAUCCCGAACUAGGCACAAUCGUACAACUCCUAGAAGCCGGCACAGAGUUGGCCCGUUCCGGUUACAAAGCUCCAGAGGUGAAAUUUACACUUGCAGCUGGUUGCCUCUUAUUCGAGCACAGAGUGGUGGUACCCCCAGUUCUACGUCAGUCCAUCUUGAAAGAUCUUCACACCGCACACCUUGGCAUAGUGAAAAUGAAAGGGCUGGCUCGCUCGUUUGUUUAUUGGCCCCGAAUCGACGCCGAUAUCGAGCAGACGGUGAAAUCGUGUGCUGACUGUGCCCGUCAAGCGCACUCGCCGCCAAAGUAUUCCGAACACCACUGGGAGUAUCCCAAAGGCCCAUGGGAGAGAAUCCACAGAGAACCAGAGAACGGGCCCCGAACAAAUAUGUGUCGAAUCCGUGUGUACUAUUGUCUGAGCGUGUAGAAAAAAUGGAAAAAAUAAAAGUACCGGUAACGACAUCUGGUGGCUCUUAGCUAAGUUGCAAAAAUGGCGUCGUUUAUUUUGAAAUUACGG